AAAACGCAAGCGGUAAAAUUUUCCCCGCUGGGUUUAUCCACCAAAAAAAAAAAAGUAAAAUUCCUGUAAAACCCUAGAACCCUGACUUGGUAGUUUCUUUCUUCUUCCACCCAAAACUCGAACAUAAGUGAGAAAAGAGGGAAAGUCGGAAAGAUGCGAGCUUCUCUUCGCCUGAGCCACCUCCGCCACCUCUCCACCACCACAUCUUCCCCAUCCAAUCCCAUAUCACGAGCCACAACCAAACUCCGUACUGAAUAUGACCCCGACAAAGCCCUCGAGAUCUACUCCUCCGCCUCGAAACACGAUUCCUCCCCUUCCUCGUCCCGCUACGCCCAGGAGCUCACUGUACGCCGCCUCGCCCAGUCCCGCCGCUUCUCCGACAUUGAAUCUCUCAUUGAGUCCCACAAAAAUGAUCCCAGGAUCACUCAAGAACCAUUUCUAUCCAAUCUCAUCCGUUCGUAUGGCCUUUCAGGCAUGUUAGAUCAUGCCAUCAAAACUUUUCAUCAAAUGGACGAACUGGGUACCCCCAGAUCUGCCAUUUCUUUCAACUCAUUGCUCAUGGCGUGCAAUGAGUCGCGGCAAUUUGAUAAGGUCCCCCAACUGUUCGAUGAAAUUCCCAAGAAAUAUCCUGUUUCACCUGAUGGUGUCUCGUAUGGUAUUUUGGUUAAAUCUUACUGUGAAGCGGGUUUGGCUGAGCAAGCCAUCGAUUCUCUGUUAGAAAUGCAGGAGAAAGGCAUAGAGGUGAAUACAGUGAUGUUUACCACGAUAUUGAAUGCUUUGUAUAAGAAGGGGAAAAGCGAGGAGGCCAACAAGUUAUGGAAUCAGAUGCUGAAGAAUGGGUGUGAAUUGGAUGUUGCUGUGUAUAAUGUGAGACUCAUGAACAUGCAAGGGGGUAAGCCAGAAGGAGUUAAGGAGUUGAUCAAUGAGAUGAGAAAUGUGGGUUUGAAACCAGAUAUCAUUAGUUAUAAUUAUCUCAUGACCUGUUAUUUUAAGAAUGGAAUGAUAGAGGAGGCUAAGAAGGUAUAUGAGGAUUUGAAGGGUAAUGGGUGUAACCCAAAUGCAGCGACUUUUAGGACUUUGAUAUUUUAUUUGUGUAGGAAUGAGGAGUAUGGGAAGGCAUAUAAGGUGUUUAAGAAGAGCGUGAGGAAGCGCAAGAUCCCGGAUUUUAACACUUUGAAGCAUUUGGUGGAAGGAUUGGCGAAGAAAAACAAGAUGGAAGAAGCGAAAGAGGUGAUCAGGACGCUGAAGAAUAAGUUCCCUACUAACUUUCUGAACGCCUGGAAGAAGGUUGAGGAGAAACUGGGUUUGGUUUCUACUGAAGCUACCAAUGCUGUUGCUGAAGAGGGUACAGGAUAGAGAUUGAUGCGGUUGCUUGCUUGUUUUUGUGCUGAGUCUGCUGUAUUUACCUGAUCUGUAGCUGCAAGUGACUUUUUAUGACUAGUGAUAGAGCAUGCGGGUUAGUCAUGUUUAUUCAUAAAUUGAGAGCUUGAAUGGUAUUCUUUUUUAGCCUCAGAAGGUUUUACAAGUAUCGACUGGAAUAGGUUG